AUGAAUGUAAGAGUGAGACCAAUACUCGCCUUCACAAAUAAACCAACAGGGAUGCUAGGAAAGAAAUAUUAUAACCAGCGCAGACUGAACUUGCCACAUGAGCUUCAGGCAAGGAAGAGGGAAGAGAGGGACCGAGGCGCUGAAGUCGCACUGCUGAAGACACAGGGAUCGCCCGACAUGGCGGCCACAGUGACGGUGUGGCUCUGUCUUGCUGCGCUGUGUGGACUGGCGUCUCCUUAUGCACUGUCCUGCUGUGACCAUGUCCUGCCUUGUCUGAACCAGUGCCUACACCCAACGCCAAAACCUACCUACCCAACAUGGCCGCCCACUUACCCAACACCAAGACCAACGUGGCCAACUUAUCCAACUUACCCACCAACAUGGCCAACUUACCCAACACAAUGGCCAACAUACGAUCCAUGUCCAACAUACCCAACACAAAGGCCAACAUGGCCAACUUACCCAACAUACCCACCAUGUCCAACAUAUCCAACACAAAGACCAACAUACCCAACUCAAAUUCCAACAUGGCCAACAUACCCAACUCAAAUACCAACAUGGCCAACAUACCAUCCAUGUCCAACAUACCCAACACAAAGACCAACAUACCCACCAUGUCCAACAUAUCCAACACAAAGACCAACAUACCCAACUCAAAUACCAAUAUGGCCAACAUACGAACCAUGUCCAACAUACCCAACACAAAGACCAACACGGCCAACAUACCCACCAUGUCCAACAUAUCCAACACAAAGACCAACAUACCCAACACAAAGACCAACAUACCCAACACAAAGACCAACAUGGCCAACAUACCCUCCAUGUCCGACAUACCCAACGCAAAUACCAACAUGGCCAACAUACCCACCAUGUCCAACAUAUCCAACAUGGCCAACUUACCCAACAUAUCCACCAGCAAAGCCAAGUCCCUGCGGUCAUUACCACCAGACUGUAUGCCCUUAUGCUGGUCGAAAGAAGCGUAGCAAUGGACAGAGGCGAUGUUCGUUGGAAGGCCACUGUCCCCACGGUUACUCCUGCUGCCCCAAUGGGUGUCCUGGAAAGAGUGUGUGUGUGCUGAGCUCGUCCUCUUAUGCCCCUGACCUGCAGACCCACGAGACAUACCCAGAUCGCCAGGUGAACGUGAGCAUCAUCUUCACCACAGCCAGCACCUUAUCCCAUUGGCUGCUUCAAUACCAAGUGCUUCCAGUCAAGUCAGCGCUUCCGGCGUACGUUAGCUUGGAGCAAAUUCCUUCCAGCAGCAUGGAAAAGGGCGGUGAGUGCCAGAACGGUGGCUCUGAGUGCCUGGGUAACAUGCUGGUGUCAUGCGUCGCUCGGUACAUGAGGAAUCAAAGUGCCGUCCUCUCCUUCGCCUCCUGCCUCACGAAGGACACGGCGCUGCUGAAGGGGGAGAAUGCGACGCCCGUGCUGAAGAAGGCGCUGAAGGUUGGUGAUGACUGGCAGGUUGUUAGAUGA